GUGAAAACGAGGCAUACAGGAAAGGGACAAGAAGGCGAAGCCAAAACACACUUAUCAAAUCAAACUUUGUCACUUGUGUUUGUGGACUGGAUUUAUUUAUGUUUUAGUUAGCUAUUAUUUACACUUAACUUUUACAUAUUUGCAAUAAGGUUUUUGUAAAAUAGCAAGAUGCCUCCAAAGGAAAAGACAGCUGGUGUACACAAGAUAAUAAUGGUGGGGAGUGGGGGAGUUGGCAAAUCAGCAUUGACCUUGCAGUUUAUGUAUGACGAGUUUGUUGAAGAUUACGAACCUACGAAAGCAGACAGCUAUCGAAAAAAAGUGACAGUAGGUGGCGAGGAAUGUCAAGUUGAUAUUUUGGAUACUGCCGGCCAGGAAGACUAUGCCGCUAUUAGAGACAACUAUUUUCGUAGUGGAGAAGGAUUUUUAUGUGUAUAUAGUGUAUGCGAACCAGAAUCAUUUGCCAAUGCUACUGACUUUCGCGAACAAAUCUUACGUGUGAAAGGUGAAACGGAGGAAAAUAUACCAUUUAUACUUGUAGCGAAUAAGGUAGAUUUAGCAGAUAAACGUCAAGUGUCUAAAGAAGAUGGUGAAGCAAGAGCAAGUGAAUGGAAAGUCCCGUAUUUAGAAACAUCUGCGAAAACCAAGGAAAAUGUUGAUAAAGCGUUUCACGAUUUGAUGGAAAUUAUCCAGUCAAGAAAAAAAGAGGACAACAAGCCAGGCGCUAAAACAAACGAUAAGAAGAAGAAAAAGAAGAAGAAAUGUGUUAUUUUAUAAAUUGAAAUAUUAAAAAAUCACAUUCGAAUUCGUUAGAGUAUAUACUAUAUUUAUUACAAGGUGUGGUUCAGCUGAAAUUCUAAAUUUUUUCCUUUUAGCCAUUAAUUUUUAUAUGUGGAAAAUUUAAUUUGUAAAUGACUACGUUGCUUUACAUUUUGGCCAGCAUAACACCAAUCUUUCUUUUAGGAAGAUAAUUAUUGUGUCUUUAAAACCUUUUAUUUAAAGUUAGUUUUUUAUGCAAGAAGAAAAUGAAUAUAAAGUUUGUUUUUGGUCAACCAUAUGUUCCACAAAACUAUUGUUUUGGGAACAACUUAGAGAUACCAUGUUUAACUUUUUAAAAAACACCGAUAAUAAAAACCCAAUAUAAAAAUUAACGCAGAAAGUGUGUUAAUUGUAAAAACAAAAAUUCUUGACUCUGCUUACAACGAAAAAUAGUCAACAAAAAGUCUAAAUUAUUGGGCACCUUUGUAAUUAGGUAACAUGACUACCCCGUAACAUUUUUUAGUUGAUUAUAUGCUUUUUUCGGAGAAACUUAGGGUAAAAACUUUCGCUAAUUUGACGUUUUUUCGUAGAAUUUAGCUUUGCGAACAUUCUUUUAUAUAGGGAUAUUUUAAAUUAUAUACAUUUUGUCUCUUAAAAGUUUCUCUAAAAAAAGUAGCCAGUUGUAUGUUAUCAUUUAAUGUGAUGUUAUAUUAAAUUUUGAUUUUGGGAAUUUUUAUUCUUUAGCCUUCAAGUUCAUUCUUUUGUAUAACUUGUUUGACAAGUGGAACAGUAACUAUAGGUACUGUCCAAUAAUUGUGUAUUACAUAUGUAUAUAAUAAAAAAUAAUUCUAAAAUAAAGAGGUUCUCACUCUACACCAAAAUUUCAAGGAAAAAAAAAUAUUUUAGUCACACGAAGAGUUACGGCUGAGAUUUGGGCAAAUAAUUUAGCAACUGAUAAGGUAAAGUUGCCUGACUGAAGAUUUGGAAAGGCUUAAGCAACCAACCUCAACUUACAAAACAACUCUUGAAAAAGUCUUUUAGAAAACUGUUUUAUAAACACGUAAUGUGGGACACGAAAUCUUGUAAAAUUUGUGUAUUAUGAUCAGCAAAUAAGAAGCUUUAAGUAAAAAUUUUACUUUUAGUAACUGAGACUGAAGUAUUAAAUAAAGUCGAUUACAAAAAAUGUGUGCUAUAAUAAUUAUUGGUUAAAGUUUUUAUUUCUACUUUUUAGGGGAAUAAUCUUUUUUAUGCGCACAAAACUCUGAGAACGGAAAUUCGGUCGUCCUUUCUUACGGUCGAGACGUUUGAUUUAUAAUAAACAAAAGUAAGAAUUUUUAUUGCUUGUAUAUUCCAUCUUUGUUAUUAUGUAGAAAUAAAUUUUCCUUUAAAAUGUUUUUGUAUGCACGCCGAAUGAAAUAUUAUGAACAGAACUGUAAAAUUG